AGUGACUGCUUUUGAAGCCAGACUGCUUGGUGUCCAGGAGGUUGUUCUGCGUGAGAAAAAUGGAGAGUUGAUUGAAAACAGCUCUUUCAAGGUUUUUGGAAAGAAAAGGGAGGAGGGAAACAGGUCUGUAGUUGUCAACCACAGCAGGUUUAAGUGACGUUUUUUUUAAGCACUGGGGUAACCCGGGCCUGCUUAAAUGAGGUAGGGUAUGUGCCAGUAGAGACGGAUGCGUUAAAGAUGUGUGUCAGUGCAGGUAAUAGUGUGGGAGAGAUGGACAGAAGAAGGUGAGAAGGGAUAGGGUCAAGAAGACAGGUUGUGGGAUGGCUAGAGAGGAGGAGUUUUGAGACCUCGGUCACUGAGUGAGGAGAGAAGGAGGACAGUUGAGAGUUACAUGGAGGAGGAGCCGGUCUAUGCAUGGCUGGGGUUGAGAACUGGUUCCUGAUUGAUGUAACCUUGUUGGAAAAGAAAGUGGCAAAGUCAUCUGCAGUGAGAGAGGUAGGGGAAGGGGGAGGAGGGGGACAGAGAAGUGAAGAAAAGGUUUUGAAGAGAGUAUGGGUGUUGGAAGAACUGCCAAUCUUCUCUUGGUAGUAUAUGGCUUUAGCAGUGGAGAUGCUAUGGGAAAAAGGAGAGAAGUGUUUGGGGAGGAAACCCCCGCAGCACGGGGAGAACAUGCAAACUCCGUACACACAGGACCACGGCGGGAAUCGAACCCCCAAUCCUGGAGGUGUGAGGCGAACGUGCUAACCAGUAAAUAAAAAAUCGAACAAAAUAAACACUCCACGAAAUCAUGUACGGACUGAAUAAAGCUGACUUGACUUCUCUCUUAUUUCCACGCCUACGCCGGUAGAGGGCGGUGUGCUGAAAGCCUGUCCCCCCACUGAAAGCCCUCUACCGGACAGAAGAUGCAUUGCAGUUGACUGUGUUGUCUUGCAGGGGAAGGGGAAGUGCAGGCUACUUACUCCUAAAUCUCAAGUGGGAAUGUAGACAGCGGAGCAUAGUGUGAGUGAAAUUACUGACCACUUAAAACAUGCCCUGGCUUUUCGACAGUAAGAGCAGACGUGACAGUGGAAGCAUUCAUGGAUAUAGUUGGCACGUUUAACCAUUUAAUUCCCAGUGAUCAGUUGGAAGACUCCCUGCUCCUCGGCCAGAACCUGGAAUGUGAAGCAAGUGAUGAGUUUGCAUCGAGCCACAGCCUACCAGGAGACUCACUCAAGAACAUGCUCAGUGACAAGGAUCCAAUGUUUGGAUCUGCCAGCGCACAGUUUCAUCUCUUAGAAAAUGACGAUGCUAACCUUCAGCUCUCCAGCUCAUUAGACCAUGACAUGAAUUCUUCAGGCUUCAGCCAGACAUGUGCUGAUGGGGACGAGACUCCGGCCAAGUUUCCCCGAGGCAGGAGGAAAGGCACCACUCAACUACAGCGGAAACAAACCGCCUUUUCAUCUAGAGGCCGAGGCCGAGGUGGACGGACCAGGCGCCCAGGUCCAUUUAGAGGAGUUUCCACUGAAGCGCUUUGCAAAAAAACUGGCCGGAUAUCCGAAGUAAAGGAUGACGAAGAACCAGGGUCAAGUAGCAUCUCAGUAACAGAGAUGCAUAUGGAAAAACGGGAAGAAUUGCUGAGCCGUCGGUUUAACAUCCAUGAAGUUGACCCAUCAAUGAAACCUGUGGUCGUGUUGAGGCGCUUAACAGUGACAGUAGGGGGCUACAAAAUUGAAUUGUUGCCUGGACCUUCUCACACUUCUGGAUCAUUUAAUACAGGCAGUCUUCAGUCUCUGAGCUUCCAGGACAAUUCCAUGACCACUGAAAGCAAUGGGUUGGAUCCGGGACAGGCACAGACAUUUGAUGUGCAUUCAGCCCCAGAGGUUGUUGAAGAGCUUAAUGUCAUAGAACAAGGAGCUAAUGAAAUUCCUAUGGAUUUAGGGCCAUAUGUAAAUCCGAAUGAAGUGCAACAUACCAACGGUGCGACAGAGGUAACCACGGACACCAAAGCCAUUGACCAAAACGAUGCCGAAAAGCUGAGUGAUGACAAAUCAGAAAGAAAAAAUGUCAAAACGGAGAAAAUCGCUGAUAAAAAGCUCCUGAAACCCAAGCAACCACUGGGUAUAACCAAAAACAAGCACCUUAGCAGAGCAGGUGUCCUGCAGAAGGGGUCCAAGCUUCACAAACCACAAGAUAAAAAGGUGCAAAAAGCUACAGCAGAAAAUCAGCAACACAUCAAAGGCAAGCCAAAUAGCAUAGGCCUAAAACAACCAGCUCUAUCUCUCAAGCCCAAACAAGCCUUGAAACCACAAAAGGAGCAAGUCUGUGAUCUGGUGAAACACAAUGUCAGCCCCUCUGUUCCACGCUCUCCCACAAUAAAUAGAAAGGUGUCCUCCGAUUCCAGUCCUGGUGCUAAAGUAGCUAUGAAUAAAUCUCCUCCUUCAGUAAAGAAACCACAAAAUCAAUCGCCCUCGGGGAUCAAACAGAGUCAGUCAGUGAAGGACGGCCCAGCAGAGGAAGAACAGGAGAAAACAAAAAUCAAGAAACCAGAAAAGCUUUUGCAGAGACAGAGAAGCAGAAGCAGCAGAAGCAUUUCUAUAGAUGAACCUGAACUGUUCAUCCCUGAUAAUGCUCCUGUGGUGAAGAAGGGGCCAGCAGAGGGGGAACCUACACCUGCUUCUGAAAAUGAGACAGCAUGGGAUUCAAGCAAACAAUGUGGAUUAUGUAAUAAACCACACAGCAACAGAUUCAUGGUAGGCUGUGGGCGCUGUGAUGACUGGUUCCAUGGCGAUUGUAUUGGACUGGACCUGGCUACAGUACAACAAAUGGAAAAGGAUGACCAGGAGUAUGUCUGUCUUAAAUGCUGUGCCGAUGAAGGUGGGAAAGGCAAUACUGAGAAUACAGACAACAAUUCAGCACCAGAUCAGAAACAGGGACCCGAAGCAUCAGUCACGGCAGGUGGAAUCAGGCCCUUUAGGAAGGACUCGGGAGAAAGACGAUCAUCAGUGGAUUCAGUGCUCAAAACUGGGUCAACUGUGAAGCAUGAGGUGAAGAAGGCUAAAAUUUCUCUUCCAAGCUUAAAGAAACCAUCCACUGGACAAAUCAGGAGGAGUGUCCGAGACGCACUAGAGGAGAUUCUCCUGAAAAGGAUGAAGGAAUCAGACUUGAAGAUUUCAAAAGAGAAGCCAGCUGAAUUGGCUAAAGGUACAGAAAAAGAGCUUUUUGCCCUCUUCCAAGGUGUCGACGGCAAGUACAAGAACAAAUACCGAAGCUUGAUGUUCAAUCUCAGAGACACAAAGAAUAACGUGUUAUUCAAACGUGUUCUCAAGGGGGAGAUUCCUCCUAGAGAUUUAGUUCGUUUGAGUGCAGAAGAACUAGCCUCCAAGGAACUGGCUGCUUGGCGACAACGAGAGAAUCGACAUACAAUUGAAAUGAUCGAAAAAGAACAACGGGAAGUGGAGAGACGACCAGUCACCAAAAUCACACACAAAGGGGAGAUUGAAAUUGAGAACCAAGAACCUGCAAAAGCUCCCGAGGCCUUGCCUGAUCCUGCACCUAAAGCUGUCGAGGUGUGUGAGGAAAAAACACCAGAAUCAAAGGCAGAAAGCCCCAAGAAAGCUAAAGAUACAACAAGCUUGCACAAGUCUCAUCUUUUUGAUCUUCACUGCAAGAUCUGCACAGGCCGAAUGGUUCCACCAGUGGAGGAGGCAACCACUAAGGCUGUCAAAGUGGCCUCGACUGUCAUUAGAAGGCAGUCCGCAGUUACAGAAGGAGAGGGCCAUGAACCCACACCCACAUCUCCACCUGUUGCUCCAUUGGCCCUGGUGGAUGACUUGUCUCUGAGAGCAAUGGAGGAAGGCCUUCUUAACUUCCCUGCUUUUGAGUCAAGGUUGGAAAGUGCGAGCAAUAAAGAAGAUACAGUUGCAUUCCUGGCUGGUUUAGAAAUGUUAUGGAACGGAUAUAUAGACAUGCCAUCUGUAGCUCGGUACCUUACGAAAGCUUACCCAGUCUCUGGAAUUUUGGACCACCUUACCGAAGAUCUGCCAGACACAAUCCAGGUUGGUGGAAGGAUCUCUCCCCAAACAGUCUGGGACUAUGUGGAAAAAAUUCGUGCCUCUGGUACAAAGGAAAUAUGUGUAAUUCGCUUCACCCCAGUCACAGAGGAAGAUGAGAUCUCGUACACCUUGCUGUACGCCUAUUUCAGUAGUCGCAGGCGAUACGGUGUUGUCGCCAACAACCGCAAACAAGUUAAAGACAUGUAUCUCAUCCCUCUUGGCUCCACUGAAAAAAUUCCACAUCAGAUUGUUCCGUUUGAUGGCCCAGGGUUAGAGAGUAACCGGCCAAACCUUCUUCUGGGACUAAUCAUUCGCCAGAGGCCCAAAAGGGACUUUGGGGUCCUCCUACCAAGCGAGGCCAGUGAACCUCCAAGUUUCUUGGUGGAGAACAAACCUCAGGUAGACCCUGUCCAGAAAGCUGUGGUGGCCCGAGAUGAGGAAAAAGACUUCAUAAGCAGUCUUGGACGGAUACAGAAUAAGGACAGUGCAAAUCCUAGCAAGUCUGCAGUGACUGAACCUCGAUUAGAUAUCGAGGAUGAGGAAAAUGUCUCAUUGCGUUUCCUCCCAGGCGUGCUAAAGCAGCCCACAUCUGAGAAGGCUACACCAGCAGAUGAUGAAGGAAAAAACACAAUUAGUAGUGCAGUCAGUCAGACAUCUAGCUCUGAUGGUGACACCUCAGGUCGUCUCACUCCUAAAACACCCACGACCCCCAGGCUGGACCGUUUCAUCAUCAAAAAGAAGGAUCCAAAAUCUGUCGAGAUGAAACAAGAGCCAUCCAGUUCAAAUGCAGAGAUCACGAGUUCACAAGGAAAAGAAAAAGAAGGUGAACCACAAAGUGGAGUUGUAUUAUCUCUAAAGGAUAAACCAGGAGAUGUAUCUACAGAAACUUUCCUCUCUAGCCUUUCCACAAUUCAGCCUAAUACUGAACCUAACAGCACUGAAACAAAAACGGAUACCACACCACCAAGCACACAGCCUAGUCAAGACAUAAACCUGUCUCCUGUAUCCGCUUCAGCUACAUUGAUAGAUAGCACUAAUGAUACCACUGAAGAUGUUUCCAAACACAAAACUGUGGAAAUUCAAACAAAGACUUUAAAACUAUCCACAACUGGCGUUUUGAAAAAGACUGAUGCGUCAGAACCUGUUGAUGCAAAGCAGUUGUCUUUGAAUAAAGACGUAUCACAACUCGAAGUCACCCAGGAUGCACCUUCAGACCAGUCAUCAGUUAGCCAGUCUGCACCUUCACAACCAUCAUCAGCAACAGAAUCUGCACAGCCACUGUCAGAGUUUAAAGCUGUUGAAGAUAUUCAGACCAUCACCACUAUUUCCUUGUCUGGAAAAAAUGAAGGUCUCAAGCAGUCAAGACAACGUCUUCUAAGCCCCACUCCUUUCAAUACUGCAAGUCAUGGACCUCCUCCAGUUGCAUUUCCUCCUUAUCACACUGCACCAGUUGACCAUGCUUACCACCCUGGACCAGUGCCCACCUACCCACCUCAGUCUAACCCUCCACCAUUUAUACCCAUGCAUCAGCAGGCCCCUCCGCCAUUUAGCUACCCUCCACCUCUGCCUCUUCCAAUGAUGUUCCCCCAGAAUGAUCCUCAAACUCGAAUGCAUGCCCCACCUUGGGCUCAGGCAGUGCCUCCUCCGGCUUGUUUUCCACAGGCUGUCCCGGAGGCAGUUGCUGGGCCUCCACAGUCAUAUACAACCCCAAUAUUCCCUGAUUCCUCCAUGCUGAAUCUGCCACCCUUGAACAAGAGUGGUCAGGGCUCUGAGCUGUGGGACCGGAAGUCCAGACCCUUGGCCGAUCCCUUCAAAAAGGAUGACCGAGAACAUUAUGGGAGGUACAGGCACAAGAGCCAACACUACGAGCGAGAGAGGCACAAGGCUAGGAGUCGGAGCCGAAGCCGAAGCAAGAGCAGGAGUCGCAGCAGGAGUCGAAGCCGGAGCAGGCACAGACACAAGAGCAAACACUCGCGAGAGGACAGGCAUGGGGAGAGGAGGAAAGAGAGACAUCACAGCAGUCACCACAGGGACAGAGACAGGGACAAACACAGACGGGACUCUGAUCAUGAAAAACACAGGCGAGACUCGAGAGACAGUCACUCAUGAACUUCAUGCUCAACCUAGAUACACCCAUUCAAAAACAUUGACCAGACAUGUUCUUUUUGUAUUUUACUGCAUAGUAAGAAGUUAUUUAUAUCAUUUAAAAACAGCUUUUUAUGAGUGUAAUUUUACAUUUUUAGUUGUUCAUAGUUUGGUUUAAAUGUCUUUGUUUUAAAGUUUAAUUAAUAUCAGAACCAGAAGUCUCAGUCAGAACCAGGUUUUCAUGUUAUUAAUUAAAAAUUAAUGCCAAGAAGUGAAAACAUUAUUUCCUCUGCAUUUUUAAAAUAUCUUCAACAUUUUCUAUUUGCAUUGAAUGACAAUGUGUCUGUACAUUUUGGCUUUAUCAAACAGUAGAGAUGACGUGCUUGCUGCACAUUGUGUUUAUGUACAGUUCAUAAAAUCUUUUUAUUGUUGAUUAAAAAAUGAAUAAAACAAACUUUAUUAAAAAUCCUGGUCAAGUAUUAAUGGGACUCUCCAUUAAUGCACCAUUAAAUAAAUAAAAAGAAUGCAGUUAAAUUGUAAAUAUACACAAGUAAACACACAUUGUUUAUAUUUGUCACCUGGUUAGCACGUUUAUUCUGUGUGUGUGUGUGUGUGUGUGUGAGAGAGAGAGAGAGAGAGAUGAGGAAUAAUAAUGAAAGAACAGCAGUUUGGAUUGUAGUAGUAGGCUUUUGAGCAUGACAGUAAAACAUCUGUGAUUAAUGUUUAUAUUUGUAACACUGAUCCAGAGAGGUCAAGUGCAUUUGUCAGUGCAUCUUGCCUUUCAUUGAAGUCUAUAUAAUUUGACUAUUGUAGAAGUUUUCUUACUGGCUUUUAACUUCCCAAUGGCCAAACUGUUCCACUUUUAAACAUCAUGUUUAAAACAUCCCCUAUUAAAACUUCAGUUAUUCAAACAGUAUCCUUUUAACAAAUAAUCAGGCAGACAUUGUACCAGCUCCAUGGGACACUUCAGUGGUGUGGUCAUGUCUGUAUAUGUAACAGUUGGUCUUUGUGAAAAAUCCCUAAGCAGAGAUCAUUGUUAAGGUGACAUUUCCAGGACAUGGUUGAGCUAAUUGUGCUUUGCUGAAACAGAUCUUGCUCAAUGACACUGGUUGCUGGACAACUCCUCUUCUUAUAUGAGAGCCAGAUAUACGCCAGUCAAGAAAGCACUCAUACAAUCUGAGGUCGAAAGAGCAGGAGCUGAAAGCACC